CAGUUCAUCAGUCCAUCAUCAACAAUAUGCGUGCUAUCGGUAUCCUAGCUCUUUGUUUGGUGGCAGUUGCAGCGCUGCCUUCAAGUCCGCAGCGGAUUGUUGGUGGAUCACUGACAACCAUUAACCAGUACCCGCACAUUGCUGCACUUCUGAUCACUAGAAAUUGGAGUAUCUACACCCAACAGUGCGGUGGUACUGUCAUCAAUAACAGAUCCAUCCUUACAGCUGCUCACUGUGUUUUCCGUGAAGAAAUCAGAAGAUGGAAUAUACGAGUAGGUUCCUCCUUCGCUAAUAGUGGUGGUUCUGUCCAUAUGGUUCGGCAGAGCAUCGUACACCCGCGCUUCGCCUACAUGACUCGUAAUAAUGACAUCGCUAUUUUGCGUACUACCACCGAGAUAGGUUUCAACAACAAUGUCCGCCCUGCUUCCAUCGCUGGCUCCAACUAUCGUCUCGCCGAAAAUCAGCCCGUCUGGGCCGCUGGCUGGGGUGAUACUUUCUCUGGAUCUAAUGCUGGUUCUGCACAACUACGUCACGUGCAAGUCGUGGUUAUCAAUCAAGAAUUUUGCAGAAGCAACUACGCUACCCGUGGUUACGUUAUCACUGAGAAUAUGUUGUGCUCUGGCUGGCCCUCUGGUGGUCGCGACCAGUGCCAAGGUGACUCUGGUGGUCCUCUCUACCAUAAUGGUAUUCUUGUUGGUGUCUGUUCCUUCGGCAUUGGUUGCGGCCAGGUUAAUUUCCCCGGUGUCAACGUGCGAGUAUCUCAAUUUAGUUCUUGGAUUACUGACAAUGCUUAAGACCACAUUUUAGCACUACUUGACUAUGCAAUAAAAGUAUUUAAAAUUUGA